AUGCCAGAUCACGUGGCCUCAUUGAACCAAUCGGCGACCCUCAUGGUGGUGACCUUGCUCGUCUUCGGGUUAAGGCCGAUCUUCAGUUUAUGCGAAACACGAUGCGAGCAGUCGAUCCCAUCUUUGUACAGACUCAGGGCCUACUGGUCAAGAUCCUUCAAAAGAAUUGGAGAGCAAAGGAUUUCGUUCGAACAAUUCCUGCUGUCCCUUGUUCAAGAAUCGGACUCAGACGACGAUGUGGUUCGAUUACUCCGGUCUUCCCUGCUACGUAUCAUAGGACGAUACCAAGACUGUGUCAUGGCGUGUGAGCACCAGUUCAGCAAGCGCAAUCAACAAUCACAAACAUACAGACAAAUUCUGAAACUGCCGCAUGUGCUCCCUAGGAGUUUAAGGCAGAUCAGUAAGGUUCUUUUGUUUUUGCAAUUGUAA